AUGAAGGACCUCGGCGACCUGCACUAUUUCCUUGGCAUCCGCGUCACUCGCUCGCCGUCGGGAUUCUUCCUUUCCCAACAGCAGUACGCGGAUGACAUCCUCGAGCGUGCGGGCAUGGACUCCUGCAAGACGGUGGCCACUCCAGUCAACACCAAAGCAAAGCUCCCGUCCGCCGACGGGCCACCUGUCGAUGAUCCCACCGCAUAUCGCAGCUUGGCAAGCGCUCUCCAGUAUCUCAUGAUCACACGUCCGGAGCUGGCAUAUGCGGUGCAACAAGUGUGCCUCCACAUGCAUGAUCCACGGGCGGGUCACCUGGCUCUGCUCAAACGUGUGCUGCGCUACGUCCGGGGCUCCACCGACCUCGGCCUUCACCUCCACGCCUCGGCGAACCUCGAGCUUCGCGCCUACACCGACGCGGACUGGGCUGGGUGUCCUGACACCCGGCGCUCCACCUCCGGCUACUGCAUUUACCUCGGCGACGCCCUCGUCAGCUGGUCUUCCAAACGGCAAGCCACGGUCUCCCGGUCCAGCGCGGAGGCUGAGUACCGUGCCGUGGCCAAUGCAGUCGCCGAGUGCGUCUGGCUCCGGCAGCUUCUCGGUGAACUGCUCUGCCCGGUGCGCUCCGCCACCCUGAUCUUCUGCGACAACAUCUCCGCGGUCUACCUCUCCAGCAACCCCAUACACCACCGGCGCAUGAAGCACGUCGAACUCGACAUUCAUUUUGUUCGAGAGCGUGUUGCGUUGGGCGAGUUCCGUGUUCUGCAUGUCCCCACGCGACAGCAAUUUGCCGACAUGAUGACCAAAGGGCUGCCGUCAGACGUGUUCCGCAAGUUCCGCUCCAGUCUUUGCGUGAAAGACAUGGCCGCAUUGCAGCACGGCCACGUCUUCGCCGGCGGCGAAGUCUUCAAGGCAGAUGGAGCAAGUGGUGUACACCGUGUCUGA